UGUAAGAAUAUAUGUCUGUGUAUAUAGGUCAAUUGACAUUUAAUCACAUUUUUAUGAGACAAAUGUCACAUGGGCGCUGACACUGUCUCGAUGACAGUUUCGUACUUUUAGUAGUUAUUCGAUUAUUUUAUAAGUCAAGGAUCUGCUUUAAACCGGUUUCAUCGCUGUUUUACAAUAACAAUUCGCUGAAGAAGGUGAAAAAUGUAUAAGGCAAGGACAGUAUUCAGUACACUAGCCCCUUUGGCUCCACGUAUGUGUGGGCCAAAGAGGUUUGCAUCAUGGUUGGUACGCAGUCAUCCCCUGGAUAGGACCACACAGGUGAUGGCUACCGAAUCAAUAAGGAAAUAUAAUAGUCGUGCAGCUACAGAACCUUUCUUAAAUGGCACUACCAGUUCCUAUGUAGAAGAAAUGUACAAUGCAUGGCUACAAGAUCCUCAUAGUGUACAUGUGUCCUGGGAUGCAUUUUUUCGUAAUAGCACUGCUGGAGCUGCACCGGGUCUUGCAUACCAAGCUCCACCAUCUCUUGCUCCAAGUCAUAACCAAAUACCCUUAGGAGCAUUGUUACCAUUAGGUGGUGGAUCCCAAUUGAGUCAAGUACCUGUUAAUGAAAAAGUAAUAGAUGAUCACCUUGCUGUGCAAGCUAUCAUUCGAUCUUAUCAGAUCCGUGGCCAUCAUAUCGCUAAAUUGGAUCCACUUGGCAUCAACAGCGCUGAUCUUGAUGAUAGACAUCCACAAGAGUUGCUCUAUAAUUAUUAUUCAUUCGGAAAGAGAGCACGUACUACUUACUCUCAGGAACUACAAUACCGAGUAGCUGCACUUAUGAAAAAGGAAUCGGACAUGGACCGCAUUUUCAAGUUACCGUCUACCACCUUUAUCGGUGGCAAAGAGAAAUCAUUACCUCUUCGUGAAAUCCUGAAGAGAUUGGAGGCUGCGUAUUGCGGUCACAUCGGUGUGGAGUUCAUGUUCAUCAACUCGUUGGAACAGUGCAAUUGGAUUCGUCAGAAAAUGGAGACACCUGGUAUUAUGGAGAUGACGAACGACGAGAGGAGACUUAUCUUAGCUAGAUUAACUCGCGCAACCGGUUUCGAAGCGUUCCUUGCUCGCAAGUGGUCGUCGGAGAAACGAUUUGGAUUAGAAGGAUGUGAAAUCUUGAUUCCUGCCAUGAAGCAGGUAAUCGACAAGUCCACUGAAUUGGGUGUUGAAUCCAUUGUAAUGGGUAUGCCUCAUCGUGGCCGUCUGAAUGUUCUUGCCAACGUUUGCCGUAAACCUUUGAGCCAAAUAUUCACACAGUUCGCGGCUCUUGAAGCAGCAGACGAUGGUUCUGGUGAUGUGAAGUAUCACUUGGGAACAUACAUCGAGCGUUUGAACCGCGUGACGAACAAGAACAUUCGUUUGGCUGUGGUUGCCAAUCCAUCUCACUUGGAGGCUGUUGAUUCUGUGGUUCAAGGAAAAACACGCGCCGAGCAGUUUUAUCGUGGCGAUGGCGAAGGCAAGAAGGUCAUGUCUAUUCUUCUGCACGGUGACGCUGCAUUCUGUGGACAAGGAAUUGUUUUCGAAACAAUGCACUUAUCUGAUUUACCUGAUUACACGACGCAUGGCACGAUUCACAUUGUCGCGAACAAUCAAAUUGGAUUUACCACUGAUCCUAGACAUUCGCGAUCCUCGCCAUACUGUACUGAUGUCGCAAGGGUAGUUAACGCACCCAUUUUCCACGUUAAUUCUGAUGACCCGGAGGCUGUGAUGCACGUAUGCAAAGUUGCCGCUGAAUGGAGAGCAACUUUCCACAAGGAUGUCGUUAUCGAUAUUGUGUCUUAUAGGCGAAAUGGUCACAAUGAAAUCGAUGAACCGAUGUUCACGCAACCACUGAUGUACAGGAAAAUCAAAAAUACUUUACCAGUUCUGGAUAAAUAUGCUAAAUCGCUUAUCAACGAUAGCGUUGUUACCGAGGAAGAAGUCAAGGAUGUUAAAGCCAAGUACGAAAAGAUCUGCGAAGAAGCGUACACUAAUGCCAGGCAAGAGACGCAUAUUAAGUACAAGGAUUGGUUGGAUUCGCCAUGGUCUGGCUUCUUUGAAGGCAAAGACCCGUUGAAAGUAUCUCCUACGGGUAUCAAAGAGGAUACUCUGGUUCACAUUGGCAAAAAAUUCUCGUCGCCACCUCCUAAUGCCGCUGAAUUUGUCAUUCACAAAGGUAUUGAACGUAUUUUGAAGUCGCGUAUGGAAAUGAUCGAAGCACGGACUGUUGAUUGGGCUCUUGGAGAGGCUAUGGCCUUUGGUUCUCUUUUGAAGGAAGGCAUCCACGUUAGAUUGUCAGGACAAGACGUGGAGAGAGGAACCUUCUCACACAGACAUCACGUGCUUCAUCAUCAAACCGUGGACAAGGCUACUUAUAGACCGCUAUGCUACCUCUAUCCCGAUCAGGCCCCGUACACUGUGUGCAACAGCUCUUUGUCUGAAUUCGGCGUACUUGGAUUUGAAUUAGGUUAUUCCAUGACGAAUCCCAAUGCGUUAGUAUGUUGGGAGGCGCAGUUUGGUGAUUUCAACAAUACGGCACAGUGUAUAAUCGAUCAGUUUAUCAGCAGCGGACAAGCGAAGUGGGUACGUCAGUCUGGUCUUGUUAUGCUGCAGCCUCAUGGGCUUGAGGGAAUGGGUCCAGAACAUUCGAGCGCUCGCUUGGAACGUUUCCUUCAAAUGUCUGCUGACGACCCAGACUACUUCCCUCCGGAAAGCGAAGAGUUUGCUGUACGCCAGUUGCAUGACAUCAACUGGAUUGUCGCUAAUUGCAGUACACCCGCAAACUAUUUCCACAUCUUAAGAAGGCAAAUUGCAUUGCCCUUCAGGAAGCCCUUGAUCCUGAUGACACCAAAAUCGCUGCUUCGUCACCCAGAAGCAAAAUCUAGUUUUGACUUAAUGUUGGAAGACACUGAAUUCCUUAGAGUAAUACCAGAAGAGGGUGUUGCAGCCCAGAAUCCUAGGAAUGUUAAGAGAGUAGUAUUUUGUUCCGGCAAAGUCUACUACGACCUCAAGAAGGCACGCGCGGAAAAGAAGCUGGACGACAAAGUCGCUAUCGCGAGAGUCGAACAAAUUUCACCUUUCCCAUACGAUCUGGUGAAGAAAGAAGCUGCUAAGUAUCCCGAUGCGGAACUGAUCUGGGCUCAGGAAGAACACAAGAAUCAGGGUGCAUGGACAUACGUUCAACCUAGAUUCUUCACAGCUCUGAACGGCACCCGCUCUGUUACCGGCGGAAAUACGUCGUACAAGAGUGACAGUAGCGGAGGUUGGUUUAGCGGUCUGUUUUCAUCGUCUAAACCGACAACGACCAGCGCACCCGAGUCGCAGUCGGUAGAAUCCGAUAAACCAAAACCGAGAACAGUGAGAUACGCUGGUCGUCCAACGGCAGCUUCGCCAGCAACGGGUAGCAAAAUGCAGCAUCUCAAAGAGCUGAAACAAUUGCUCGACGACUCUCUCGAUGUUUAAAUACCCUUCGUAGCACUAUGUAGAACACACAUUUUAUUUAUUUCUCCGCAUUAUAUUUGUUCUAUUCCUUUUGUCCCGCUCUACAUACACCGUUGCAGAGAUCAACGUAGGUUGAACAACUUCUUCAUUAGUAUCUCAUUUAUGGAAUUAACGCCGGCGCGAAUGUUUCCUCGAUGACGUACGUGAGGUACGACGUAUCGACAUUUGAUUUGCAAAUUCUACUUCUCUCGAAUCAGUGGUCCAUUCGAGAAAUUUCGUACACAUGUGCGAAGUAGAACGAUCCAUUUAAUUUCUUUUCUUUUUCUUUUUCUUUUUCUUCGAUUAAAACAGAAUGUUUCCUAUUUCUUUACAUCUAUGCACGUAUGUUUUCGCAAUGAGUAAUUCAUGUAAAUGUAUGCAUUUCGUUUUCGUUAAAGGUUUGAAUGUGGUUCUGUAUAUUAUUUUUAGAUAUGUGACAUAUUUAUAUUAGUAUGCGAGUUGUAUGUUGAGACAGGUGUAUGUUUGAGUUUACAGGAACCUUUUAUUAUGUAAAUGUACCGGCACUUAAAAAAUGGAGGGGGAAAAAAAUAAUUACACUGAUAAGAAAAUUCUACCGCCAUGUUUUGCUCAUUGCUGGUUCCGCGAGAUCUUCUGCCGACGAUACUAGUCCGCGUCGAUCGGAAAUAUUCGCGCGUCGACGUCUGUAAUUUUAUUUUGUUAAUACGUCGGUAAAGUAACACUAUGGGAACGAAUAAGAUUAAAAAGAAAGUAUUAUUUUUAAUUUAUAUAAUAUAAAAGAAUUUACGCGGAGCGUAAAUGUACCGAGUAGUCGCGAUUGCGGAGUUUUAGGUGAAACUUUUCAGGGUUUUGUCCCGGUUUAUACACGGCGAUUUUUUUUUUUAAUCCGUUUACUUAAGCCGUACCGACAGGCAGCCAAUCGAUUUAAUUUUUUAUCGCAGCUCUAUUUCUUGUAAAAAGUUAAAUAGGUUGGUUGCGGGCUCGAUUCAUACGAGAGGUCGUGUUGCUGCGUUCGCCUUGAUUACGUAACGCGCGAGUAAUCGGGCGUGACAGCGUGAUGGAGCCGUAACGCCGCUCUUUGAAAAGUUUCAAAAAUUUCUCCCUUCUGAGAAGAGUGAUGGGAGUAGGAGACAAAUUGCUAGUAUUAGUGAAUACCUAGGAAAUAAUCUUAAUGUAAUUAAUACCCGAGCCAACUGUAUGCGUUGGUUGUCUGCAUAGUCUGCGAAGGCACACAGUAUUUAUACUCUUCUACGCGCGAGUCGUUUGAAAGAUGGAUUUUAUGAUUGGAAUAUUUAUCGUACCGUGUCACGUUGAUUGGAAAAUAUUGUAUCGCACCCGACCAAGUAUUUGUUUGUGGAACCGAUACGAUGAAAUUCGAGGCAACGACGCGCUUCAGCCACGUAUCCCGCGCAUCGCUAACGUCCCUUCUCUAUCCGGAGACAUGCGAAACAAAAUAGUAUUACGAUACGAACCCGCUAGAAUAUCAUAGAUGCAAUGUGGUCCAAUGAAAACGACGGUACUGUUAUUCCACUUUCUUCUUUUGUUAUUAUAUGCAUAAUAACGACGAUACGGAAACUGUAUAAUUCAAAAAAUAAAUAUAGAUCGAAGUUGCUACCGAAA